CGCGAUGAAGUGAUGCACUUAGUUCUUUUUUCUCUAGUUUCGCUACUGAUCUCACUUAUAGCUAGUUAGAAUGGAUUGUUGAAGACGCUAAAAUAUGUUAAUUUUCCUCCACCAACUGCAAUUCGGCCAGACUCUUCCUCCCACCGUUUUCUUCAGUAAAAGCAAACUCCCCGCCCCCUCCCUGUCUGCAGUUUGCACUCACCCACAGUACCCUUGCUACUUAAUUAUCGCCUCUUUUGUUAGUUAAUUUGCACAAGAAUUUCCCCUCCUGUUGUUCAUGCUCUUGAAUUCCUUUACAGCGUUUUUAUCUAAAUUCUUCCUUACCUGCAUUUCCUCCUCCUCCAACAUUUAUACUCUUCAAUUCCUUCCCAAGCACACCACUCUCCUUCUGCCUUCUGAUCCAAGACCCAUUUGGUUUGGUUCAAUCCUUCUUCCUGCAAGAAGAUCUGACACGGAAGGGAAAUCCACAAGAAUUGUUGUGCAAUGAGGCCGGACACGCGGCUUGAAUCGGCGGUGUUCCAGCUCACCCCCACCCGCACCAGGUGUGAUUUAGUUGUGGUAACAGAUGGACGGAAGGAGAAGAUAGCCUCCGGUUUGCUGAACCCAUUCAUCGCACAUCUGAAGGUUGCACAAGAACAGAUUGCCAAGGGAGGCUAUUCGAUCACGCUUGAGCCACAUCCAGAGAUUGAUGCACCAUGGUUUACAAGGGGCACGGUGGAGAGGUUUGUUCGUUUUGUGAGUACUCCAGAGGUCCUGGAGAGGGUGAAGACAACAGAGUCUGAGAUACUGCAGAUUGACGAUGCCAUUGCUGUCCAGGGCAAUGAUAAUCAUAGCUUGAGAUCUGUGGAAGACCAUAAUGGGAAAUCAGUGGACUGUUUGGAAGGUAGCAAGAUGAGUUAUGAUCCUGAUGCAGAUAAGACACUUGUUCCGUAUAAGCCUAGCACGCAGCCAACUCCACCAGUGCAGAAUCACAAUGCAACACAGGAGGAGAAUUCAAAAGUUCAACUGCUCAGAGUUCUGGAGACUCGAAAGACAGUCUUACGCAAAGAGCAGGCUAUGGCCUUUGCACGUGCUGUAGCAGCGGGGUUUGAUAUUGACAACUUGGUGUACUUGAUCACAUUUGCGGAGCAUUUUGGUGCUUCACGCUUGAUGAAGGCAUGCACACAAUUCAUUGAGUUGUGGAAGCAGAAGCAUGAAACUGGACAAUGGAUUGAAGUUGAACCUGAAGCAAUAUCUGCGCGCUCUGAAUUUCCUCCCUUUAAUGCUGCUGGCAUUAUGUUUAUGGGAGACAACAUGAAGCAAAUGGAAACAAUGUCUGUUUCCAAUGGAGAUGCAAACGGCGAAGAUGCUUCUAAAGCUGAUCAGAGGACAUCUCAGCACUCAGGAGCUCCCCAUGAGUACUUCCACGGUCCAUAUCAGUCAGCAUACCCACCAUGGGCAAUGCAUCCACCUUACUCUUACUAUCCUGGGAUGAACCCAUAUUACCCUCCUCCCUAUCCCCCAAUGGAUGAUCCCAGGUACCACCACUCAGAAACGAGAAUUUCAAGGAAACACUCCUCAGAUAGUAAGGACUCGGAAACUUUGUAUGACGAAAGUGACCAGAGCAGUUCAGAGAAGGAGACUUCUCAUGGUGGCAGGUCCUGUAAAAAGGGUAAAAAGGCGGGCAAGAAGAAGCCCAGUGUUUUUGUCAUACAGAAUGUAAAUGUAACAUCAAAAAAGCAUGUAUUAUCAGAGAGCGAGUCACAAACAGGCUCUGAUGUAGCAUCUGAGGACAGCGAUGAUUCAUACACUAAAUCCAGAACAAAAAAGAACAGGAGCUCAAGUUCAAAGAAAAGAGAGGCAAGCCAAAUCAUUCUUGAGUCUGCAGAUAAAUAUAACGCGGAUGAAAUGUCUUAUGUGCAAGAUGGAGACCAAGGGAAUUGGAAUGCCUUCCAAACUUUCCUACUAAGAUCUGAUGAGAAGAUGAGAGAUAAUGACGCUGAUCUAUUUGCCAGUGAAAAAGAACCACCCCCAGCAAGGAGGAAGGAGAGCAGAAGCAUUGACGAUCCUAUUAUUUUGGCAGAGCGAGAUUCUGCUGAUGCCAUUGAACGGAAUACAAUAGGUUUCAAUUCAGCGAAUGGAAGAAUUAGGCCCCGGCAGAUGCUGUCCGGUGAUGAACUUAUGAUGUCUGGGGAAGGUAGGAGCUUUGCGGAUGAUGACAUAAAGGAGAUCGAAGCUGGAACUGGGGGAUACAGGAGAGGAACAAAUGAUGAUUUCAUGGUUUAUGGACAGGAAAAGCCAAUGGACAGAGGGAUGUCUUUGGACCCUCUUGCAGAAGUACAGUACAAAAGCAACACACUGGUGGAAAAAAAUGCGCACAGUGUGGUGGAUGAGUCCUUUAUGAUACCUCUUAGGUCCACCUCAGAGGAUAAUCUUGGUCCGGAAAGUCGUACUGCGAUUGACAUAGAUGUUGAACUUCCUCCAACCAAUCAGAAAAAAUCAGAUGCUAAGGCUGGAGGUCAGCUUUUCUAUGAGCCAGAUGAGUUGAUGCCAGAGCGUAGAUAUGAAGAUGUUUCAUGUGGAUAUGAUCCGGCAAUGGAUUAUGAUGGUCAGAUGCAAAUUCAACCUGUCACCAUGGUUGAAGAUGCGCAUGUAGAGGAUGCAUCUUUGAGCAUUGAGGAUGAAGUAAAGAAGCCAGAGAAAGAUAAGAGGCUAAGAAGUUCACAGGAGAGUUUGGAUAAAAGAAGAAAAGAUGCUUCAGCGAGGAGACUGUCAUCAUCGAAAGGGCCACUGACUGAUGCACAGAAACGUGCACAAAACUUGCGAGCGUACAAAGCGGACCUUCAAAAGGCAAAGAAAGAGCAGGAAGAGGAACAGAUCAAACGGCUAGAAAGGCUUAAGCUAGAGAGAGAAAAGAGGAUUGCUGCAAGAAGUAGCACUUCUAAUACAAUAUCAGCGCCUCAGCAGGCUAAAGUGAAACCUUUUCAUAAGAUUUCCCCCAGUACCUACAAGAGUUCAAAGUUCAGCGACACAGAGCCGACAUCCUCUUCACCUCUACGAAAAAUUCCUGCCAAAACUACCACAGGGACUGAUUCCCGAAAAACAGCAAAAGCUAGCAAACUAUCUGAUAAUACAAAUGCAGUUAGUAACUCAACCUCAUCGUUGACUGAGAUGAAGAAAGAGAAAAGUGGGAGAACCAAAUCAUCCAGUGAGCGAUUGAAAAAACUUGCUGAACCUAAAGCCAAUGCUUCGACCGACCAUUUUUCGAGUUCCAAGUCAUCAAGCGCGGACCACUCACGGAGAAGAAGCAUGCCACAAGAUACCCAGACAAAGAAAAUUUCAGCUAUAAUGCAGCUCGACCAGAGCAAAUCGGUAACUCUACCAGCACUGAAAGUCAAAUCCCCACAAGCUCCAGCUCUUGUUAUGAAAAAUGCAAUAGCUGCAAAAGAAGCAAAAAUGGGUGCAAUUACAGCUAAAUCACCUCCUACUCCAGAAAUUGCUGGUGGAAAAAAAACCAACAGUAACAUCUCAAGGAUAAACGACAGCGAUGACAGUGUGGUGGUUGAGAAAACUGUUGUGAUGCUUGAAAAUGAGGUGGUUUUAACACCUCCGAUCAUUCUACAUUCUGGAAUAAUUGCAGAGAAGGAAACUUCUCGUGAUGACAGAAUGGAGAAGCCCAAUCUGGAGUUGGAGUAUACUGCCAUCAGGGCACCUUCUCCAGUUAUUCUUCCCGAGGCUGAGAAUCUCGCCAUCAAAGGACCUGAUGACCAGGUGAACUCAUAUGAGGCGGUGACCGAGUGUCGAAAGGAUGGGCUUGAGAGACCAACCUUGGCUACUGUAGAUAAGCCCUACCAGGCCCCUUUUGCUAGGGUGACAUCAUUGGAGAAUGCCUCGGCCAACAGUCCAGCUUACCCCCAACAGUUACCUGUGCAAGAAUCUGAAUCACUUGUGCAUGAAGAGACCAUUAAGGCUCCAGUACCUGAGCCGGUGUACACAGUUUCAGUUGAGGAGAGUCAUGAGGUAAAUGAAAAACCUCAAAACAAAGAACCAAAAGGCUUCAGGAAACUUUUGAAAUUUGGCAGGAAAAGCUACACUUCAGCCUUGACCGAGGGCGCAAUGCAUGCUGAUGCAUCAUCAAUGGAUGAAGCCACUGCAGGAGAUGGUUCAAUGCUGAAGAACCUCAUUUCACAAGAUGACCCUGGCGCUUCCUCUAAAGCUUCUCGGUCAUUCUCCCUACUGUCAUCGUUCCGCAGCAAGCACAAGGUCAUUGUACUGUGAGGAUCAGUCGUGAUGGUGGUAAUUGGAGGAAUAGUACAGUACAGUAAAGUACAUACUUUUGGUUUUGGUGAUGAGUUUGGAACAGCUUUUUUGUUCCUUUCUAGUACAUAAUAUAUACACUCCACUACACAGCGGUUUGUAAUCGGCCUAUGUGAAGCUUGUGUGUGAUGGAUGGUUGGUUUGCAUUGUAUUUGUACAUGCACUCUUGUUUUGUACCAAAACUAUUUGUGUGACUUUUAUGAUGGCAGAGCAAAACCUGUUUCGUUGUGUUAUGGAAUGGCUCAUUGGCUCACCAGAGUGAUCUGCAGAUUGAGGAGAGGAGGAGAAAUACAUAGAUUAUUAUGUUGACAUAAGCAAGUACUGUACACAUGUGUUUAAUUUUAUUGGUGGAAUCGAAUCCCUUAAUAUUUUUUGCUAUGA